AUAUCUCGUCAGAUUUCAUUCUUUUUGAGUUGAAUCCCGUCUCAGUGGUGUAGCUUCCCUUGUUACCUUGAUCCUCUAGCAGGCUGUGAAAUCCUAGGUGUUUUGCUUUGAUUUGACAAGCAAUAGAAGUAAAAAUUAUCAGUACGUUUCAAAUUCAAAAUGAGCUCUGAAGUGAAAAAAGUUGAGCUAUACCUUCUGCUGCUGCAGUCGUCGACAGCUCUGUUGAUAGCAUUGGUUAAUGCAACACCCACCAUGCGGCAUGAUGUACAGUUAACCAUCAAGAAACGGCUGCUAAAGCUGGUUAAGACCUUGUGGGAAUAUCUUAAGGACGAGGCGGACGAAUUGGAAACGUUGCCGGAUCCUGAGGACAACAGGACGCUGGAAACUAGCCGUGGCUUCACUGACCUUACCUCUGAGGUUCAGGGGUCUUCACAUAGUAAUGGGCGAACACGCUACAGUCCACUUAGUUCAACGCUAGCCGGUGACGCGCCAACCGACGCCAUUCGCGGCACACGUUUCCCUUUGAUCCAUCGGCUGCUGACGGUACUGGCGCAAACCCCCAACGACGAAAUAUUCGCUCGCACAGUGCAACCGUUUCUCCACACACCAAACUUCCAGCAACAGUUGCAACACGAAAUGACCUCUUUCCGGCGAAUGCUCUCCGAAGACGAUCCCUCACUGUACCUAGGGGAAGCGGCUCUGACGGAACGCUUGGAUCGGAUGGAAAUGACCAUGCGGCGAAUCAUGCUGCAGUUGAACGCACUGACUAACUGAGAUCGAAUCACUGAAACGACUGCAGUGCCACGGUGCGGUGACGAUGGGAAGCUAUUGGUUCGAAAGGUUUGUUCAUCGGAUAUUUUCUGGUUGAUGCCAUGGGUGUUCAGGUUCAUAGCUCGCUUCGUAAGAUGGCGUACGGGUGGCUAAAAAGGCGCAUGCGUUCACAUUUAAAAGUGACUCGUAUGCAUGGAAAUAAUAAAGCGCAGACGAAAAUAAAUCUGUAAUAAAUUCAUUUUGUGGACGAAACGAAAAAAAUCA